GAAAAGAACAAUGAUGGGGAGAGGGUAAAUGUACACUAGUGUAUCCACAGCUCUGCACCUCACAGUAAUAAAAAGUGUUUUCGCUACGCAACACGAUAUAGAGCUUUCUUUAUAUACAUUUUGAUAUGCUCAAGAGGUUUGUUGGUUCCCCAUGGCAUUGCAUACUCAAUGAGAAUUUCAAAAAGGCAAAGAAACAUACACAUGCUGACCUCAUUCAAAAAAUUACUUUAACCAGUUCAUAUUGAUAUACUUAUUUGUGCUUACCGACAUUUUGUAGAUGAUCCGAGAGUCCCCAUCAUGGUUGCAUGUCCUUCAAAAUGAAUUCUGAUGACCAGAUCGGCUGCAACCUGCGCAACAUAUGUAACCCACAGCCUUGAAACCAAUAUCUCUUAAAUUAUUCAAACAUAUAAUAGUUUUGCUGAGAGAAACAGCCAACUGCAUCAACUACUUGAGAGUCACUUGCAAAAUAAAGAUGUGCCAUCGUUAACAUAAUGGACGGGUUUCUGCCAAAAGGCGCUUGUAAAAUGUUUUCUCCGCACUGUGCGUGCGCAUUUUCAUUCCUCUCUCUCCACUUGAAUGCCUGAGAACAAACGCGCAUCGUCUCUCAAGCAGUCUCCGGCAAGGACUUCAGCACCUCUGUGGGAAAAAUCCAAAAGGGGGAAAAACUGCAGGAACUCGCGCAGCUGUUUGCCAAGGCAGGCGUGAAGGACAAGACGAACAUUUAUUUACAGACCAUGCCCAGUCCCUUGGAGAAGGUGGUGGCCCAGAAGAAGGAGGCCAUUGAAGCAGUGAUGGAGAUGUUUGAACGGGGGGCAGAGGUUCUGGCCAGUGCAGUAGGGGAACUCUUCCCCCUUUGUGAGGCUGCUGCCCCAGUUUUGCGGCUAGCCCUGGACAAUGUGCAGAGCAAGGAGGUGUUCUAUGUCAAGGAGCAGUUUCUGGCCGUGCGAAACAAGCUUGACAUCCUCUCCUCCCAACUGGAGGACAUAGACAGCGAGAUCAAAAAGGGUCGGCUGGACUCCCAGUACUUCUCUGUGGAGGAGAACCUGCGUAACCAGUUCCGGAAGUAUAUGGACAUCCUUGAGGCCAAGCCUGAGUUCAGAGAGGUCAAGACCAGGCUGUUCCUGGAGCACUUCACCAAAACAGGUGGGGAGAAGAACUUGCAUGUGCUCUAUGAUGCUUUGAUGGGGACAAACGCUUUUGGGGAGUCCAUUCUGGAGGUAGUGGAGAGGUAUGAGGCCCGAAACAGAAGGAUUCUGGAGGACUUCUGCGUCCGGAUGAAGGAGCUCUUCUGCCUGGGUCUGAUCUCCCUCCUGGGCCACUGCGCACUCACUCAGGGGGAAGAGCAAGAGCAGGAAAUGAUCGAGGAGUGGAGUCGGAAGAUGCAGGACGUGGAAACCAGGAUGAAGACGACAAUCGAGCAAUGUGUAAUGGCCUUCCCAGAGCAGGCCUGCUUGGAUGCCCAGCGGCUGAUCCAGGUGAAGGGAGAGAAGAGCAACCAGGACAUAGCCCAGGAGCUUCAGGAAUUCCUGACCAGGAAGUAUGACUGGGUGAGCUGGUCUGUCCGCGUGGUCAGCAAUUCAGGCAGCAGCUACCGGAACUGGCGUGCCGGAGACAAUUUCCAGCAUGUGGUGGGGCAGAACUGGUUUGACGUGCUCCAGGUAAAUGACACCAAUGUGGUGGUGUCCUACAGCUGCAGCCCCCAGCCCGUGCCAAGAGAUUACAUACGGCAACUGAUGGAGGGGUCUGUUAGGAAGGGAGACGCCCAGUCUGUCACUGAGGCCCUGGAGAAGCAUCUGCCUGGGUUUGUGGCACACGCAGUCAGCCGCCACAAGGAGAGCUGUGCAGCCUGGAGUUUCCCAGAGGACUCCCAUUACUGGGAGAGGCAUAAGAAUGUGACACUUUGUGUGCACUCUGAGUGAAACAGCGCUCUCGGCUUAAA